GCCGACCCGAAACGACUGAACCCGGAACUGGAUCCGGGUAAGCUCCAAUUCCAGAAUCCAACUGCUGUCUGCUGGUCUCGGAGUCAAACCGAUCGUCGUCUUCCACCCCCGUCUCUAUCGUCUCUCCGUUAGCAGAGAGCCUUGAGAAACCGCCAUCGCUACACUGCUAGACUUUCCGUGAAAGCACAGUAACUGCCGGGGAGCCAAUUUCUCGAUCCUGCUUGGCAAAUUAUCAGUAAUUGUUGUCCAUGUCGUCUUCUGAUUCCAGCUCUUCCUCGUCGGCCUCCGCCUCCGACGAUCCAAACCCUAAGCUUAAACCUCAGCCACUCGAGAGCCAAUUUCAAUCUUCGGUUACUCUAGGUGGCUCCGAUGAAGGAUCCGUAUCAGCAUCUGUGGUCGAGCAGCGGCAGCAGCAGCAAGGGGAGGAUUCUGGAAAUGGAUCAAUUGGUGGUGUUGUCAAUGUCGAGAAUAAUGGUCACCGGGACGGCAGCGACCGAGAGGAGAUAAUAGCUCUUGGCGUGACUGCGGAUGAGGAUGGCGGUGUUGUGUGGAGGAGGGCGAACUCGGAGGUGGAGUUGGAUGUGGAGGCGCCGGCCAGUCCGAGCAGCAGUGGGUAUGCUGGUGAGAGAGGUAGCAGCGGUGCAAGUAGCUCUUCGGGAGCUGGGGACAACAGCGAAGAAGACGAGAUAGAGGAAGUUGGGAAUGGUGAUGAUGGUGGCGCUUAUGGUGCUCUGGAUGCGCAGGCAGAAUGGACUCCUGGGAAGCGGCAUGUUGAUGAGGAUGAUGCUUCCAUUUCAUGGAGAAAAAGGAAGAAGCAUUUCUUUAUAUUGAGUAACUCUGGAAAACCCAUAUAUUCAAGAUAUGGGGAUGAGCACAAGCUGGCAGGAUUCUCAGCAACUCUUCAAGCCAUCAUAUCUUUUGUAGAAAAUGGGGGAGACAGGGUCAAGUAUGUUAAGGCAGGCAUGCACCAGGUGGUUUUUCUUGUCAAAGGACCCAUCUACCUUGUAUGCAUAAGCUGUACAGAAGAACCGUACGAGUCUCUAGUUGGACAACUGGAGCUUCUAUACGGUCAGAUGAUUCUCAUUUUGACCAAAUCACUGAAUAGAUGUUUCGAGAAAAACCCAAAGUUUGACAUGACACCCUUGCUUGGAGGAACAGAUGUUGUCUUCUCGGCCCUGAUCCACUCGUUUAGUUGGAAUCCAGCUGCAUUUCUUCAUGCAUACACUUGUCUUCCUCUUCCUUAUGCAACAAGGCAAGCUGUUGGUGCUAUAUUGCAAGAUGUUGCUGAUUCUGGUGUCCUCUUUGCGAUAUUAAUGUGUAAACAUAGAGUUAUCAGUGUAGUUGGUGCCCAGAAAGCUUCUCUUCAUCCUGAUGACAUGCUGCUACUUGGAAAUUUUAUAAUGUCAUCUGAGUCCUUUAGGACAUCUGAAUCUUUCUCACCAAUCUGCUUACCAAGAUACAAUCCAAUGGCAUUUUUGCAUGCUUAUGUCCAUUAUUUUGAUGCUGACACGUACCUGAUAUUGUUAACAACCCGUUCAGAUGCUUUCUACCAUCUUAAAGAUUGCCGGAUUCGUCUUGAAACGGUACUUCUGAAGUCAAAUGCACUAAGCGAAGUUCAGAGAUCCAUGGUAGAUGGUGGGAUGCGAGUUGAAGAUUUAUCUGUUGAUCUACCGCAACAUACUGGAUCUACUUCUCGUGCAGAUGAUAAGGCACCUGAACGAAUAAGGGAAUCAGCACUUGUUGGCCUUGGUGGUCCAGCUGGACUUUGGCAUUUCUUGUAUCGCAGUGUAUAUCUUGAUCAGUAUGUGUCUUCUGAGUUUUCCUCGCCAAUCGAUACCCAUCGACAGCAGAAAAGAUUGUACAGAGCUUAUCAGAAGCUUUAUGUUUCAAUGCAUAACAAAGGAGUCGGACCACACAAAACUCAGUUCAGAAGAGAUGAGAACUACGUAUUACUCUGUUGGGUCACCCCCGAUUUUGAACUAUACGCCGCAUUCGAUCCACUCGCAGACAAGGCGUUGGCGAUAAAGACAUGCAACGAGGUGUGCCAGUGGGUGAAAGAUGUAGAGAACGAGAUCUUUCUGCUGGGAGCAAUCCCCUUCUCCUGGUGACAUCCCAUCCAUUUCCCCAAGUAAUCUGUUAUCAUUCUUUAUACAUCUGUACACUACCACUACUGCUCUUUCCCCCCUGGCUGAAUAAAUUUAGUAGCUUUAGCACUCCCUGACUGUUUUUUUCUUGCCAAUCUAUGAUCCCCCUCCUCGUAAGGGCGCAGUAGUUUUAGUUUGCCGUGCAUUUGCGAGUUCCGACGGGACAUGGUUUAUUUUUAGAUGAUUGUUGGCCACAGAGUUCGGAUCCAGUACAUGGUGAUAGAGUUAUCGUCCCCCAACUCGGGCGAAACUCGGCGGCUGACGCUAUCUGGUAUCAAGGUGGUGGGGAGAAAUGUACAAGAACCAGCUGCAGGAGCUGGCGCAGAGGAGCUGCUUCAACCUUCCCUCCUACACUUGCAUCAGGGAAGGUCCCGACCACGCGCCGCGCUUCAAGGCCACGGUCAACUUCAACGGCGAGAUCUUCGAGAGCCCGUCCUACUGCUCCACGCUCCGCCAGGCCGAGCACUCCGCCGCCGAGGUCGCCCUCGGCUCCCUCUCCCACCGCGGGCCUUCCCACUCCCUCGCCGCCCGCAUUCUGGAUGAAACGGGGGUGUACAAGAACCUCUUGCAGGAGAUCGCCCAGAGAGUCAGUGCUCCAUUGCCACAGUACACAACUUAUAGGUCCGGUCUAGGCCACCAACCUGUUUUUACGGGGAUAGUAGAAUUGGCUGGAAUUACUUUCACAGGAGAUCCUGCAAAGAACAAAAAGCAAGCCGAGAAAAAUGCUGCAAUGGCAGCUUGGUCAUCCCUUAAACAAUUGGCUAAGGAAGAGUCCAGUUCAUCACCCGAACCGGAGAGCAGCGAUGAGCUGGAGCAGAUAACGAUAGCACGUGCAUUGCAGAACUACCGAAUGAAGGAAAUGAUGACACUAGCACACAGUUCCUCUUCUAAAGUCCCAAUUCCAUUUCAAAAGAAGUUUGCACCUCAAAGCCCAAGGCCAACCAGUCCUCAACCUGCCCCAGUAACAACAUCAAGAAUCCUACCCCUCAUUUAUCCCAAGACAACUAGAAAUAGAUCUAUGAUGGUAAACACAUCAAACGAGAGAACCUCUCAGCACUGUAGAGCCACCGCAACAACAGCAAGUGACAGAUUCGCCCCUCCUCCUAGACCUACCUCAACAAAUGAUAGGCGUGUACCAGGGCUCAGACAGCCGCCAAAUGCGCUAGAUCUUUGGGCUCAUCAGAAGCUCCAUACAGCAGCAGCAACGGGAGCCAACAAUCCGUAUAUCCAUAUGCAGCAGCCAUUCUCUGUUCAACCUGUGACAAUAAGACAUGCAGUACCAUGUUAUGCUGCACCACCCCCACGCCAUCAGCAGCCUUCAAUGGUUCCCACUCAUCAGGCGGUUCAUGCACCACCCAUGGGAAGGAAUGUCAUCCCUGUAACCAUAAGGCAGGCCGUCCCGGUGUUCGCUGCUGCUCCUUCCCCUGCAGCAGUUAAGAAAGAAUUCACUCCUCCUAGUGUCCAGAUUGAACCUAAGGAGCAUCCUGCUGAAUCAAAGAAAGAUUGUUGCGAGGAAGUUAAGAAAGAUUCUUGUGUCGAAGUCAACAAAGCGGAGGAUAAGGUUCCCCCUACCGCUGUCAUCCCAGCACCACCAAGCACAGUAGCUGAUCAUAUGAAGGAAACAUGUAAGAAGACUGCAAUAGACAAUGCACAAGUCGCGGAAGACUCAAAAGUAGGUCAGAGCUUGGAUGAACUGAAAAAUCUCAGCAUUUGAAAGGGAAGAAGGACGAAGAUCAGAGGAGAGACACAAACCAAACCUUUCUCUAGUUUUGCCAAUGAUAUGUCGAUUAUCUUCCCUUGAACAAUUGUUGUAUUGAGUGUUAUUAUCUUAUGUUACCCGUUUUGUUGUUGUAGUAAGUAGUCUGUAAAAGCUGUUAGAGCUGUUGUCAGGUUUCGAAUUAGUUUCUAUUAGCAUCAGAAAAUGUCAUCAUCCAUACAUAUAUCUUUGCAAUUCUCUGAAGUUGUAUCUGUAAAAUUUCUAGUACCCUUUUGAUCUUAUGAGUUGUGGAAAGUGGCAGGUUUGGAAAAGAUGAAGCCAGAGCCCUUCUUCUUAUAUGGAACCUGAUUAAUCUGC